GUUGUACCGGGUUAGGCAAAAGCACAAUAGGGCAAUUGCUCUGUAAUGUAGACACGAAAGUUAACAAUGGGAAGGAUUCGACCGUUUGUGAAGCAACUUUAUUUGAAAAUGAAGAAGGCACCUUCCGAUAUAUUGAUACACCAGGGCUUAACGAUUCUAGAGGGGUAACAGAUGAAGAAACAUUUCAUGAAAUCUUACGCCUCUUACAAAAACAUAGCAAAAACAAUUUCUUUGAAAUUCACAAAAUCCUAUGGUUCUGCGCGGAGAGCAUACGAAAAACGGCAAAUCUGCAAAAUGAAGCGAAAUUUAUUCAAAAGUUGGCAGACUACAUUGAUGAAGAAAAGGAUAGUGCGAAUUUUUGGAAGAAUGUUCUAAUUGUCACCAAAGGAAUAUUUCCAUCCGAAGACCUAGCAGAAGGACCGAGAUCAGCUGCAUAUGAUACAAUGAAAGAAUUAAUGGACGACGAUUUUGAAAAUAUUUUCACGGUUGACCACUUUCCUUGUUGGAUCAUCGAUUUGAAACCCGGAAAUAACAAAUAUACUAAACUUAAUCCAGAAGAUCGUAUUGAAUGGUUUAAUGCAUACAGUAAAGACGAGAUUGGAACCGCAUUGCAAAAUUAUGUCAGAAAAGACUCUAAAAUCAAAAUUCAAUUCAAAAAAGCACGUUGCACCAAAUGUGACGAAACAGGGGACCCGAGACUUUUCAUUAGUAAAUGUCAUCCAUUACCACAAGAAAAAAGACACGAAAUAAAAAACGAGAAAUAUCAUCCAAAAUCCGCCGUGUGGCAUCACGCAGGUAAUCGUAUUUAUAGGCAUUGGAAACCAGAUGAUGGAGAAAUCGAUAAACACAAAGUUGAUUCUUCAACUGUUGGUGUGGUUACAAGUACGGUUGGUAGUUUAACUGCAGGAGGCUAUGCCCUUAAUAUAGCUGCUGCUGCACAACCAGGAAUCAUUUUCGGUGGUGGGGCCAUAGCAGGAACCAUCGCUCUACCUAUUGCUGCUGCAGUAGGUUUAGCGGCUGCUGGUGGUUACUUUGUCCACGAAAAACUAUCAGAGGGUUAUAAAUGCAAAUUUUGUAAUAGGCAAUAUAAUGAGAAAGGAUGUCUUGAAGAAUGUGAUCAAUGUGAUAAGAAAUGGGAUGAGAAAGGUUGCAUUUUGAAAUACGCGUGUUGCAAUAAGCUUGAAGGAGAAUUGGGAUGUGACUUGCGUGAACGAUGUAUGAACUGCGACCAAAUCGAACAAAAGCUGACCACAGAAGGUUGUAAGGAGUUCUGUCAAAAAUGUGAUGAGGAAUGGGGGGCGUCGGAAGGAUGUGAAUCAAAUGUCAAGCAUGACGUUGUCAUGGAGUAA